AUGGUCUCCACGAACGUGCUGUGUGCCGUUGUGCUCACGCUUGGUUUCCACCUGUUCGCUGUUCCCGUGCUCGCGAAAGAUGCUUCGGCAAGUUCGGCAACGGCCAAAAAGACUGAGGUAUGGUCCAUCGGCAUACCAAAUGUGGGCAUGGUAUCGCCCAACCUCAAGGUCGCCGCCAGCCACCCCCAUGAAUACUACGGAUAUCCUCACGCUGCAGGCUACGGGGGUCCCGCUGCAGGCGGCUACGGUGGCGGUCACUACGCGCAACCCGGUUACGGGGGCGGCCAUGGAUAUGGACACAAUGAAUUCGAGUUUGGACACGUUUCUCCGUCGUAUAAAACGUCUCUGGGAUGUGGUCACAAAGGAUUCGACUUGAUCCCGUGGUUCCUCAUGGCGCUAGGCGCUGUCAUGCUCAUCCCCUUGUUCGGAGCCUUGGUCCAAUUUAAGUUGCAGGCUCUCGCGCCUCUCUUCGGCUUCCAAGGACAAACUCCUUUGGUGACCACUCAGGUCGGGGGAACUCGAACGACCCUUCAGGCACGACUCCUAAAUGAAAUUUGGCCCGUCGUCGAUAAAGCCAUCGAGCAGUACACGGGCAUGGCGACAGAAGAGCUCAAGAAAGAAGCUCUGAACGCUGUCAAUGCCAUAAACAGCGGAAGCAAGAAAUCAAGCUGA